AGGCUAUUAGCUCCAGUUCUGACAGAGAAGAGAGAUUUCUAUUUUUAGCGAGACUGGAAUGUACACUGAGGCCUCUCGAAGGAUUUCUGAACAACAAAUAACAUACCGCGGUCGCCCCAGUCCCUAUAAACAUCAACCUGCCACACUCAGAAAGUGAAAAACUUUCAGAAGUGAACUGUUUUUGAGAACAGAGGGACAAGUUUGAGUUCUGUUUGAGGUUUGAUGAUACAUAGAUAUUUACAGGACCAUCUAGAAUGUGCUUCAAAUCAGCUGAGACAAGGUAAGGUAAGCUUAGAUGAUCCAAUAUCAGAAGUCCUGCAUUUUAAAGACAAAGACCUGACUUCCACUCUCCUCCUGGAACUGAACACCUUAAGGAAGGACCGAAUUCUUACGGAUGUUGUGUUUUGUUCAGAGGGCAAAGAGAUCCCAUGUCACCGCAAUGUUCUGGUGUCCAGCAGCCCCUACUUCUACGCUAUGUUUUGCAGCAGCUUCCUGGAGACCCAGAAGCCCCAGAUAAACCUCCAAGGUGUUCCUUAUGACAUCCUUACGAGUAUUGUGGAGUAUGUUUACACAGGGUCCAUCAGCAUCACCAUGGAGCUGGUUCUCCCUCUGAUGCAAGCUGCCUCUAUGCUACAGUACGGAAGACUUUUUGAGGCCUGCUCCACCUUCCUGCAGGCCCAGCUCAGUCCAGACAACUGCCUGAGCAUGAUCCGGCUCUCAGAAAUCCUGCUUUGCUCAAGCUUGCGGGAAAAAGCAAGAGAGCUGGCCGUGAAGAGCUUCUCAGAUGUGGUUGUCUCUCAGGACUUCUGCGAACUCUCGCUACCCGAACUGGUGAGCUACUUGGAAGACGACAGACUCUGCGUUGAAGAAGAGCAAGUAUUUGAGACUCUUCUAGCUUGGAUCCACCACGACCCGUUCUCCAGGUGCGGCACCAUCCACGACUUGUUCCGUCGUGUGAGGCUGAGACACGUCCACCCUUCAUAUCUUUUCCAGUUUAUCGCCAACGACCCUCUAGUCCAGGCAUCGUCUUUAUGCACAGAAAUUAUCGAAUCUGUUCGUCGUCUGCUCUUUUCUGUCGGCACUCAUUGCCCUGGUGAUCUUGAGCCCCUGUGGGCCGCGCCGCGGCGUCAAAACUGCAAGGAGGCUCUUGUAGUAGUAGGAGGUCGUAAGAAUGGCGAGCGGACGUCUCGUGAUGCGCUGCUCUAUGACGAGCAAACUCGCUGCUGGCAGUGGCUUGCAAAAGUCCCUUUGCGGCUCUACCGACCCGCUUAUGUCUGCAUGCACAGCAUCCUUUACGUUCUGGGUGGCUUAACCAUGAGAGCAGGAGGCCAGUACACACCUAGCAACACGGUUUACACGCUUUCUCUCAAAACAAACCAGUGGAGAAUGGGAGAACCCAUGGUGAAGCCUCGAUACGCCCAUCAGAGCUCCACCUACCUACAUUUCAUUUUUGUACUGGGUGGAUUGACGGCUGAUGGACAACUGUCCAAUGAGGUAGAGCGAUACGACACCAUGUUUAACCAAUGGGAGGCCAUGGCCCCCAUGCCCACCGCAGUUCUGCACCCAGCUGUAGCUGCGCAUAACCAGAGAAUAUACGUGUUUGGUGGAGAAGACGCCAUGCAGAAACCAGUUCGAAUGAUCCAGGUGUACCACAUAGGAAGGAAUCUGUGGUAUAGAAUGGAAACCAGGACGGUGAAGAACGUCUGUGCACCAGCAGCAGUGAUUGAUGAUAAAAUCUACAUUGUAGGCGGCUAUACAAGAAGAAUGGUAGCCUAUGAUAUUAAAACCAACAGGUUUGAAAAAUGUGAAAAUAUGAAGGCCAGGAAGAUGCAUCACUCCGCUUCUGUGGUCAAUGACAAGAUCUAUGUCACGGGGGGCCGUUUCAUUAACAGUCACGAGAGUGUGGAAGAUUCAGACAGCUUUGACUGCUACAACCCAAAGACAGACUCAUGGGUGUCAAUGGGAGCACUGCCAUUCAAGCUAUUUGACCAUGGCUCAGUACCUCUGGUCUAUCUCUCUGAUAAGUUUCUGCCUACAUGAAUGCAUUUAUGUGACAAUGUAGCUUAGGUUUUUAAAUAUGUCUGUCUCCAAGCAAAAUGCUCGAUGUACUGUAUUUUACAGAUCAUACUGAAAAAAUAUAGAGUAAAAAUACAGAGCAUAUUACGAUAGCAAAGCAAUGAGAUGCACACAUUUUUCACCUCUCUAAAGGUGUUUGCACAUGUUGCCUUUUGAUUGUGUGUGAAAUAUUAGUAAAAUAACUAGUAAUAGUUAUUAAAAUAGCUUAAAUUA